AUGAGAGACUUUGAUGUAAGACGGAUCCUAAUCGACCCAGGUAGCUCGACCGAUCUUUUGCAGGCAUCAGUAGUUAAUCAAAUGGGUCUCGAACUAUCCGGCUUAGAAAAUCCCGGGCGGAUCUUGUCGGGAUUUAAUGGCACAGCAACCACCUCCCUUGGAGACAUUGUGCUGCCAGUCCAAGCGGGCCCAGUCACUCUUAACAUACAAUUUUCAGUGGUAAGAGACUUGUCCCCCUUCAACGUCAUCUUAGGACGCAUGUGGCUGCACUAUAUGAAAGUCAUCCCUUCCACGUACCAUCAGAUGGUGAGCUUUCUUACUAAAGAUGGACAAAUCAAUCUAUACGGCAACCAGUUGGCCGCCCGCCAGUGCUAUCAGAUAGCGCGAGAACAAUUACUGAAUCCGGCGAACAAAGAUCCCCCGACAGCGGAUCUCUUGCGGACAAUCCAGAUUUCUGAAGAAAGUACUCACCUCACACAUAUCAAAUCCCUCUUGACACCCGAAGAGGCACAAGACAUCCACGACGCCCUCCGACAAAGUCACGACGUCUUUGCAUGGGCGCAUUCCAACAUGAAGAGAAUCCACCCUUCAGUCGCCUCUCAUAGAGAAGUGGAGUAUCCAGACUGGUUAGCAAAUGUAGUAGUGGUCCCCAAAAAUGAAGGCAAAUGGCGAGUGUGCGUCGAUUACACCAACCUCAACAAUGCGUGCCCAAAAGAUAGUUUCUCUCUGCCGCGGAUAGACCAGAUUGUAGACUCCACCGCCGGACAGGGAAUGCUCUCCUUCUUGGACACCUUCUCCGGAUACCACCAAAUCCCCAUGGCUCCGGUCGACGAAGAAAAGACAACCUUUAUAAUGCCGUAUGGGCUUUAUUGUUAUAAAGUCAUGCCAUUUGAACUCAAAAAUGUUGGUGCCACCUAUCAGACACUGAUGACGAAAAUCUUCAAACCUCUAGUUGGCCGCAUAGUGGAGGUGUACAUUGAUGAUAUCGUGGUUAAGAGCAAAACCCGAGGUGAACAUGCCCUUCACUUGCAAGAAGUCUUCCACCUCCUAAGGAAGUACGGUAUGAAGCUGAAUCCAUCUAAAUACGCUUUUAGCAUAAGUGCUGGGAAGUUCCUGGGAUUCAUGGUCAGCCAAACAGGGAUAGAGAUCAACCCGGAUCAAGUUAAGGCAGUCAUGGAAACACCACCCCCUAGGAGCAAAAAGGAAUUACAACGCCUCACAGGCAAGCUUGUCGCACUAGGACGCUUCAUAGCCUGGUUCACUGAUGAAUUGCGACCCUUCUUCUUGGCGAUACGAAAAGUCGGCACGACUGGAUGGACGGACAGCUGCCAAAGCGCUUUCGAAAAAAUCAAACACUACCUCACGCAACCACCCAUUCUAAGCAACCCCCUCUCUGGAGAAAAAUUGUAUAUGUAUCUAGCUGUGUCAGAGUGGGCAAUUAGCGUUGUUCUAUUCCGCUGCCCCUCGCACAGGGAGCAGAAACCUAUUUAUUAUGUUAGCAAGGCAUUGGCUGAUGUAGAAACAAAGUACUCAAAGAUGGAGCAAACGACUUUAGCCCUUCGAAGUGCCGCCCAAAAACUCCGCCCUUACUUCCAAGCCCACCCGGUGGUCGUACUGAUUGACCAGCCCCUUCGCAACAUCCUGCACAAGCCGGACCUGACCGGAAGAAUGCUUCAAUGGGCCAUAGAGUUGAACGAGUAUGGAAUUGAAUAUCAACAGAGAUUGUCCAUGAAAGAGCAGGUAAUGGCUGACUUUGUGGUAGAAUACCCCCAAAAGCCUGCUCAACACAAAGAACCACGCGAAGAAGAGUGGUGGACCAUGCGGCUGGAGCAAGCUAUCCGACUGGGAUUCCCCGCGUCUAACAAUGAAGCAGAAUACGAAGUCAUCCUAUCCGAAUUAGAUCUUGCACUGGCCCUAUCUGUCUCCAAGCUCCGAAUCUACAGUGAUUCCCAACUCGUGCGGUUCGCCGAAUGGACAGUAAAAAAAAUUCCACGAACUGAUAACGUACGUGCCGACACCCUGAUAGCUGCUUCCUUCCCCAUCAAAGAAGCCAUAUUAUUGCCCAUACACGUGCAAAUUGGUCCUUCCAUCACAGAAGCCUCCACUUGCAAUACUAUUGAGGCGAGCCAAGGAGACGACCAAGAAUGGACGGAAGUCAUAACAAGGUAUCUCCGGAUAGGCACUCUACCCGAAGAGCCCAAGCAGGCACAUAAGAUCCGGGUACAAGCUGCCCGUUUCACCCUAAUCGGGGGGCACCUUUACAAGCGAUCCUUCACAGGCCCCUACCUCAAGUGCCUAGACCACUCGGAAGCCCUGUAUGUAUUAGCUGAGUUACACGAGGAUGUGUGUGGCAAUCAUUCUAAAGGUCGAUCUCUAGCUCAUCGGGCCCACUCACAAGGAUAUUAUUGGCCUAGGAUGAAGAAAGAUACGGUGACUUAUGUCAAGAAGUGUGACAAAUCCCAGAGGCAUGCCCCCAUACCGCAUGCGCCAUCUGAGACAUUGAAACCAAUCUCUAGCCCCUGGCCCUUCGCGCAAUGA